GUCGUCCAGCGACCAUCAGGGGCUACUUAAUAAAAGGUCCACCAAGGAUUUCGUUCCCACCCUAUCCCUCCUUUCCCUUUCACUUCAGCCUUUCGUUUUCUUUUCCUUGCGAGGCCUGGACGCCUGCAGCUUCACCUUCUUUCCAUCAAGCCCACUUGUUCGUCAUUAUGCUCGCCCGUGCGACUCUUUUUGCAUCCGCUGCCGCUUUGUUGGCGUCCCAAGUCCUUGCUCAUCCUGUGUUUCUCCAACGCGAGGUCGUUGCACGAUCUCCAGCUCCUCUGGAUCUCAUCACUGCAUAUACUGCUGACGUGUCCAAGAGGCAAAUCAUAUCUUCCGAGAUCCCUACCAGGAGCAUUGAUGGUGUCAUAACUCUGUACGACAAACGGGACGAUGUCCCCGUUCAAGAUGCUUCGAAAAGUCCGGACGGGAACAUCGUUCCCUACAAGAAACGGGAUGAUGUCCCAGUUCAAGACGCCUCGAAAAGCCCUGAUGGAAACAUUGUUCCCUACAAACGGGACGACGUUCCAGUUCAAGAUGCUUCGAAAAGCCCGGAUGGGAACAUCGUUCCCUACAAACGGGAUGAUGUCCCAGUUCAAGACGCUUCGAAAAGUCCUGAUGGGAAUAUCGUUCCGUAUAAGCGAGAUGUUCCAGAGGAGCAACCGUCUAAGAGUCCUGACGGAAACGUCGUACCGUAUGUCAAGCGAGAUAUACCCCUUCCCCUGCAUCUCGCAGUCAAGUCUGUCGGCGGAGAGAUCGAGCUUUAUUAAGUGCGGUGCAUGUGCAAUUGUGUUACAGGUCAAAGGAGGUGCGCUGGCAGCACAGGACUUUUUUACAGUAGAAGAGCGUAGUAUCAUUCUUACAAUUCGUACUUUUUUACUUGGGAACCCAAUCACUUCUUUUCAAACCUUGGAA